AUGGCCGGAGGUCAAACGACGCCUUCGAGAGAGAGAGAGAGAGCGAAGGAGCAGUGUCGCGAAAGAGCAGUGUCGGAGACACCAGCUUCACCAAUCGGCGCAAACCCCGCCCUUUCGCUCCCUAGCGCGGAAGGUCGCUGGCAUCAGCUCGCCAGGUGCACAGGCGUGGCCGACUUUGCCGUUUUCUUCGAGAAAAAUCCUGCGGAGAGAGAGGCUGCAGACUCGCGUCCACGAAGUGUGAAAGAAGGGAUCGACGCCUUCGCAGGAGAGACUGCGAGCUGCAGUCGUAGGGAGCGAGCUGUAGGGGCAGUUGGAGUAAAGGGUACUGAGAAGGGGGCCCCUUCCUGCAACGCGUGGAAUUUCGCCCCCUGUAGUCUGCAAUGGCCUCCCUCCGCCCGCCUCCAGCGCGAGCAUGACCGCAGGCAGGGGCCCCCGGCUACAGCGGGGAGGGGGCCCCCCCCCGAUCCCCUCCCCGACCUCCUCGGGGGCCCCACGAGGCCCUGUGUGUCACGAGGCGCACAGCACCCCGCCGACGUCUGUGGGCAGGAGCCAACUCCCCGCCGAGCAGGCCAGACAGCAGGGAAGCGCCGCGCCGCUGCCCUCUCUCCUGCUCUUCUAUGUGGGUGGCCCUCCUCGGGAGGCGCUGCUGCGGCGCGCUAUGCCGUCAAGGAUGCCGAAAGGCUGCAGGCAGACUAUUCUCCGGGAGGGGGCCCCCCCAGAGCCUCUUUGGAGAAGCGCGGUGGCAACGGGUACCCCGUGGAGAACGCGGGGGACGGCAGCAGCGAGGCCUUGCUACGGCUGCCUGUGCGAGCAGCACUGGCCGCUAAAGUGGUGCGGCGUCUGAGUCUUCGCCUCUUUGGGGCUUUGAAGGCCCCCUUCUCAGCGAAUGCGGCGUCUACGGGCAGAGCAGAGCCAGCAGCAGCAAUAGCCCACUCGCGAGUGACAUCGGCAGCUCUGUGGGUGCGUGUCUGCACUGCGGUGCCUCUGGCAGUGGCUGCGGCAGGGGCCGUCCUGCUGUCUCCGCUUCCCGCCUUCGCCGUCCUUGGGUGGGCGCAGUCUCUGCUGGGAUCUCGAGAGUUCUUAGCGCUCUGCAGGAGGAAGCGCUUUGCUGUGCCUUCCCUCGCGGGGCACGCUGCUGUCAACGCGCUGCUCAUGGCAGCCGCUGCUACGGGGGAUGCGGAGAAGCAUUUGCUGGCAGAGGGUGCUGCGCUCGGCGUGCAGCUCGCGGCUUCUCUGUUGUCUCCCCCGAGCCGCAGGGGUAUUGCAGACGUAGGGGCCUCCAUUUUUGGUCACGUCUGGUGCGCCUUCCUGCCAUCCUUUUGGGUACGCCUACGGGCUCUCCGGUGCCCCCUCCUCGACCCUCCUCGGGAAAGCCAGCCCUUUGUAGAGCACGAUCCAGCAACAGAUGCAGCAGCAAAUGCAGGAAAGGCCGGCUCAUCACGACGAGGACGGAAGCCGAAGGACUGGGCACAGCCUUUUCUCUCGCGUCUGCCCCAUCGUUGCCUGAUUGCAGCCCGUGAGGGGAUAGAGGCGUUGAAGGCCUCCCUAAGGGCGCCAUGGGGGCCUCGCUGGCUCAUUCUCUACGGCUUUCUAUUGAUCGCGCUGAAUGACAGCAUUGCGUACUUUAUGGGCUCUUACUUUGGCCGAACGGGCAUUGCAGCCCUCUUCCCGCUCAUCAAGGGAACUCCUCUGCCCCCCGCAGCGCUUGUCUCGCCAAGGAAAACUGUUGUUGGUCUUGUCGCCGGAGCAGCCACCAGCGCUGCGGUGGGCGGGGCUUUGGUAGCGGCCUUGGGGGCAACAGCCGCUACGCGAGCCUCCGCAGCGGCGCCUCUGACGUGGCAUGCACCGCGUCAAAAGAGGCCUUCCUCCCCUCUGGCAACGGCAAGGACCAGAGCUCCUGCGCCAGCAGCUUUCGCGCGUGCCUGCCUCGCCGCCUUCCGGCCCGAGGCAGGGAAAGGGAUGUCUCGCGAGAAACUGACGUGCUUGCUCAGCUUCAGCGCUGUAGGGGCCGCCUUAGGCUUUGCAGUGUCGGGAGCUGCCGUCGCGGGAGACCUACUCGCAAGUCUCCUUAAGCGUGAUGCUGGAGUCAAAGACUCAGGGGCCCUUCUUCCAGGCCACGGCGGCUGGCUCGACCGCACUGACGCGCACCUACUCGCAGGGCCCCUUUUGUUUGCAUGCGGCCGACUGCUGCAGUGGUUCCUGCUCCAGCUUGAGGCUGCAGCAGCCGAGCAGCAGGCUCAAGGCCUCUCGGAGCCAAGGACCCCUGGUGGCGUGCGCGCUCCUAAGUCCAAGGGGAGGGCGGGGGGCAGCAGCGGCCGCCACGGUGGGAAAAGAAACCAUUAG